CAAUAGAAUAAAUACAACCACCUAAUUUCACACCCGGAUCAAAAUUAAUUGUAACCACCUUGUACCAUGUAAUUGUAGACUUUUCCUUAAUUCAUAUGAGAGAUUCUUUUAGUCAUUCAUUAGUUUCAUAAACAACAUCUGAUUUUACAUCUCACUUUGUUGGACUGACUAAGUUAUUCUAAAACUCUGCUAAGUAAUCCCAUUAACAUGAGAGACAGAGCGCUCACUCUUCUCUUCCAUUGCAGUCGGUCCCACUCUACUUGUCAGAGAUGGCGCCGCCCAGGCUUCGUGGCGCCCUGAACAUUAUGUUCCAGCUCGCUAUUACCGUGGGCAUCCUCAUGGCCAACCUCAUAAAUUACGGCACAAACAAGAUGAAGGGUGACAUAGGAUGGAGAGUGUCCCUUGGCCUCGCUGCGGUCCCUGCCAUCAUCAUGACCGUCGGAUCCAUUUUCCUCCCCGACACGCCAAACUCCCUCAUCGAGCGUGGGAAAAACGACAUAGCCAGGGCCAUGUUACAGAAGAUCAGAGGUACUACUGAUGUGGGGGAAGAGUUUAACGAUCUCAUCGAGGCCAGCGAAGCUUCACAGAAGGUGAAACAUCCCUGGAAGAACAUCUUGAAGAGGAGGUACAGGCCGCAGCUGGUCAUGGCCAUUAUGAUACCAACCUUUCAACAGUUGACUGGGAUCAAUGUGAUCAUGUUCUAUGCCCCAGUACUCUUCAGGACCAUCGGAUUUGGCAGCGAUGCUUCGUUGAUGUCGUCCGUGAUCUCAGGUCUGGUAAACAUGGUCGCCACCCUCGUGUCAGUGUGGACUGUCGACAAGGUUGGCCGUCGAUUCUUGUUCCUUGAGGGAGGGCUGCAGAUGUUCGGUUCGCAGAUUGUCGUUGCUGCUCUCAUUGCCGUGAAUUUCGGUCUCACAGGCCAGGGCACCUUCUCUAAAACCUAUGCCGAUUUGGUGGUCUUCUUCAUAUGCAUCUACGUCUCUGCCUUUGCGUGGUCCUGGGGACCAUUGGGCUGGCUGGUCCCCUCUGAAAUCUUCCCCCUUGAGAUCAGGUCUGCUGGUCAGAGCAUCAAUGUCUCUGUGAACCUGCUCUUCACCUUCAUCAUUGCUCAAGUUUUCUUGUCCAUGCUCUGUCACAUGAAGUUUGGUCUCUUCUUCUUCUUCGCCGCCUUCGUGGGUCUCAUGACUGCAUUCAUUUACUACUUUUUGCCUGAGACCAAGAAUAUUCCAAUUGAGGAGAUGGAGGAAGUAUGGAAGGAUCACAAGUUUUGGGGGAAGGUGAUCAGGGAUGAAGAUGAGAAGGACAUUGAGAUGAGUUGAGCUGAGGGAGGACAUGAACACACACUCUCUCUAGAUCCCCCUGUUCUAUUUUUCUUUGUUUUCUUCCAGGUUUAGGACUGGUGAUUUUUA